AUGCGAACUCGUCGCAUCGAUAUCAAGCGUCGACUUGGCGAAGUGGUCAUGGUCGCUUCUCAGGUUUCAGCUUCUACUUGCAAAUGUGAUUUAAUUCCCGUCAUAGGUUUGCACACAUUGCGCAUCAUGCUUGUGGCUAUGUCCAUAGUAUUCGCCCUCCUCGCAAUGGUUACAGGAACGGCAUGCUUUUUCUAUCCUUUCCUCUUUGUCGUAGUGAGUGAAAUUUUUGAGUUUGUCAAAUCGCUGGCUUGGUUUGGUCUUCUCGCGCUGAAGCUUAGCUGGCCUGCAAAAUAUAAGGCUUUGAUCAAAGAAAAAGGUGACACUUGGGCUAUGUUAGGGCUGGAGCCGCUACAAGAUUAUAUUAAAAGUACUAAAGAGGACGAUGAAAUUCUAUACUUAUGGUUUGGCUUUUGCUGCUUUUAUUUCGCUCUACUGAUCAUUACACUUAUCAAAACAAUUACGGAAUAUCAGUUAGAUGAGCAUCGUCGUCAAAAUAAUCCCUACGUCUUCCCAGCAGUUGGACCCUAUCCUCAUGUUGUUGUUCUACCAGCAGAGCCAGAAAUGGGAAACACGAAUCCCGAUGAUCCUCCACCAUACUCGACUAUAGUCCGAAAUGAUGGCGAUUCUGAGGAGACAGCGAAGGAAGAGACACUCCCUCCUCGAUAUUCCGAUUUGGAGCUCAGCUCGACUACAACUUCAACGAGGUGGGUACAUUUGCAAGUGUCUGUGUCUACAGAACCUGUCAUGCAUGCUUUAGUUCUGUAA